UUUCUCUCUCUAAAAUUAUCUCUGUGUCUGAAUUGUGGCGCUACCAAAAUGAUGGGGUGAUGGGGCUCUCGAGCUCAUGGGACCCGCAUUCACAGUGCAGAAAGAACUCGUAUGACUUCAACAUCAAGCCAGUAAGGAUCAAAGCCAGCUAGCACUCUGGCGGUGAUUCACCUACCAUGACCGGUUGGACUUUAAAUAUAACUCCGUUGCGCCUUGCAUAAAGCCCCUGCUUCUCUCUUCAAGAGGGUAUGUGUCCAUUUCUGAACGGUUUCAGAGAAUUAAUGGAGAUGAGACCCUAAAGAUAGUGAUUAUACUACAGAGUCUAUUGAUUGGAGCUCUGCUUCUUUGUAAAAGCAGUGGUCUACAGGACAAAUUAGGGUUUGUGGUCUCUGUUCUGGUCCUGUGGACAAGGAGCUUCGUGCUAGGGUUUCGCCAUUUUCGUCCUGGUUCUCCGCUUUCGCUCAAGCUAGGGUUUAACCUCUUUCUCUCUCGUCUGUGUCUGCUUUAAAGAGAGUCGAAAGCUUCAGCCUCUGUAUCUUCACCCUCUGUUUCUCUCUCUAGGAGCAGUGCUCUGCAUUUUCAGAGAGUCCGAACGGGAAAUAGAGAACGACCCCUAAUUUUCUCUUACUUUCCCUUUCUACGCUUCUGUUUGUCUCUCUAAAAGCUCUCUGUUUCGAUUGUUGCUCUGCCUUCUCUCUAGAAUUAUUCUGAGUCAGUCAUCGAAAACUUAGAGAGAAAAACAGUGAAUUAAAGUAAAGAGCUGAAGAAGACGAGCAGAAAUCUCUGGUUUUUUCUGAUAAAUUUUAAGGGGCAAUUUUGGAAUUUGGGUUUAAGUACUCUCUUUUUCUCUCUAGAAACAGUCGACGAGCAGGCAUUUGCUGGCAACGCGAUUGCCCUCUGAAAUUACAGGUGUGUAUUCAGAGAUUCAUUAUGAUUGAAGCAGGAUUCAUGGAGGGGAUUGAUUCAGAGCUGGGCACUGAUUUCUUUGAUCACAUUGAUGAUUUGCUUGAUUUCUCAAAUGAAGACAUUGAGGCUGCUGGUUUAGGAGAGGGUUUAGAGAAAUGGGCGCUUGCUGAUACAUAUGCUAAGCCCUCUACUUCUAAUGCAUCAGGCCAAAGCAUUGUUGAGAAUUGCCCUGGGGACUUCUCUCUCCCUUGUGAUGACAUGCCGGAGCUGGAGUGGCUCUCAAUCUUUGUGGAGGAUUCCUUCUCUCCCAGCCCUGCUAACCCACUCCCCCUUGUCCCCCACCACCACCAACAAGACUCCUCUGCUUCCAACCUUGACACUUCAUCUUCUUCUUCAUCAUCAUCGUCAUCAUCCUCUGCCGCCAGCACAAUCACUACCGCAGCUGCCGCGGCUGCUAUUCUGAGUGCGGUCCCAGGUCGAGCACGUACCAAACGCCCACGCCCCCCACCCUUCACUGCUCGCCUGCCCCUUCUGUCGCCGUCCUCUUCUGUGACCACCGUCACCCCCUCCCCUGCGUCCCCUGACUCGGUCACUCACAUUGUGGAGUCAGAGUCACGACCCCUCAAAAAGAAGCCAACCACAACUCCAACCAUGGGACCCACUCCCAAUACGAUCGGUCCUAGUACGGCUGGCCCCACCUCACAAUUGGGGCGGAAGUGCACGCACUGUGAGAUCCAGAAGACCCCUCAAUGGCGUACUGGACCACUAGGACCAAAAACAUUGUGUAAUGCAUGUGGAGUUCGAUACAAGUCCGGGAGGCUAUUUCCAGAGUAUAGGCCUGCGGCGAGUCCAACGUUUGUUGCGUCGUUGCACUCGAAUUCGCACAAGAAAGUGUUGGAGAUGAGGGUGAGGAUUGGGAAUCGGGCUUCAGAUGGACUUGGGAGCCGUAGGCCCACAGGCCCGGAGGAUGGAGGCAUGGGCCCGGCAGGCCUGAGCAGGCUUGCAAAGAGGGGAUGCGGGGAUUCGAGUCCGAGGCCAAAUGGGGCCCAUGGCCAGGGGUUCUUGGUGCAUUCUGGGGGGCAAUAUUACUGAGAUUUCCUCAAAAAAUGGCAGAAAAUAGAAAUUCUUUUUGGUGUUUUUUCUUUCUUUUGACUGUACAGUGGGAAGGGGUGAAUGGGGCAUUUUGACACUUUUGAGGUAUAAUAUAUGGGGCAGGAGCAAGGUGUAAUGUAGGGUUCUUUUUUGUAUUUGGGUAAGUCGAUAUAGGGUUUUUAGGUGUGGUAGAAUGGAGAAAGAUAGGUCUAGGAGGGUGAUAAUGAAAGUGAAAGUGAAAUUGAAAUUUUAGCAGUUUUGAAGUGUGAUAGCGUGUAGAGAGAGAGAGAAGGGAGAGUGUGUGUAGGAGUAUGGGUGAUGUCUUUAGAUUUAGAGGUCUUUAGGAGUAGGAAGGUGGGGUUUGUUAGCUGAAACUGAACUGUCAUGCUUUUGUAAUUCUUUGAUUUUCUCUUUAUUGAAAUUCUUUCUUUUAUCCUUUUUUAUUUGGUGGCUGGGGAAUUUGUUAAUGAGGCGGAAAUGGCGUCGUUCUGCCUGGUGGCACAUGCCGGAUGUGAUCCUGUUAUGUCGUCGACGGUGGAGAUUUGGUAAUGGGGUUUUGUUUGUUUGGAGGAUCGGAUCUGAUCGGUCGACAGAACCUUUGAUAUGCCUUUGAGAUUGAAAUGGAUGUUCUUUUAUUGAUUCA